AUGUCUCGCCACCAAUUUGACCUUGUCAUGUGUUUGAAGCAACCUGGUACGCACAUAGGCAAGUUGUGCGAUAAAUGUGAUGGGAAAUGUCCCAUUUGUGACUCGUAUGUGAGACCAAAGAGUAAAGUGCGCAUCUGUGAACAGUGCUCAUUUGGAGCUAACUGGAAGAAGUGCAUCAUAUGCGGUCAGAUGGGUACCAGCGAUGCGUUCUACUGUUGGGAGUGUUGUCGGCUUGAAAAGAACAAGGACGGCUGUCCUAAGAUUCUCAACGUGGGAAGCAACAGAACUGAUAAGCAUUUCGAGAAGAAGGCUUCUGCGGACUAA